AAUGACUCGGGAAAGUGACAUGAAGGAAGCAGCCGAGGCAGCAGCCGGCGAGUCUUCCUCAGCCAUGGAGAAGCUUCAGAAUCUUCUGUUGACACAUGGGUACAACGGUAUCAUGCGCUUUGGCAGGAUGUUCCGGAUCGCUGAUGAUGACGGAAGUCAUACUCUGAACCAAGAGGAACUAGGCGAGGCCAUUCACAACUUCGGACUGCACUUGGAUGAUGAGGAAGUGGGUGAGAUCUUCUCCACCAUGGAUGAGGACGGUACUGGAACCAUCAACUAUGAAGAGUUCCUCGAUAAACUUAGGCCUGAAAUGACGGAGGAACGCAAGGCUGUGGUGGCGGAGGCUUACAGUGUCCUGGAUGAGUCUGGAGACGGAGUGGUUACCUUGGAGGAUCUUAAAGACAAAUACGAUGCCUCGGGACAUCCUAGCGUCCUGGCUGGAGAAGCUACCGAGGAUGAUAUCCUUCUUAAGUUUCUGGGAAGGUUUGAGGGUAACACCAAGGAAGAUGGAAAGCUGACCAAAGAGGAGUUUAUGGAUUACUACUCCGGGAUCAGCAAAUCUAUAGAUGAUGACGACUACUUUGUCGAGGUCGUCAAGAAAGCUUGGAAACUAUAGACUACCAGUAUUAUUAUUCUGAGGUGUUGGGCAGCCGGGACUGAAUAUUCAGAAGAUUACACUAGCAUGGGUCCAUGGAUAUGGGGACCAAGUUCCUGGACCUGUUGUGUUAUUGUAAGCUUUUGACUACUGCCCAUAGGGUGGGUGUGUGUAUGGUGACUACCACCCAUGCCAUAGGUAUGGAUGAUUAUCUCCAACACCAUCUUUAAGAGGUACAUAAUAAGCUUCACAAACUGAACGUAUUACUGGCCCUUUAACUAAUCGGUCAGUCCACGACAAGUGGCUUCGUGUGUAUGCUGAGGUCUGUUCCACCAUAUUCACGGAGAUCCUGAACCAUAUCAGUAACAGGUUUCUAAUUCGUGGCAUUAGUGGGGUUUCUAAUUAGCAGCAUUAGUAAGGUUACUUGUUCAUGUUAUUAGGUGGGUUAAUAAUUUGCAUAAUUAGCAAGGUUCAUAAUUCAUAUAAUUAAGAGGGUUCCUAAUUCAUGGAAUUAGCGGAGUUGCUAGUUCGUGGUACUAGUGGAGUUAAGUUAUGGAAACGGCGGGGUUCCUAAUUUAUAGAAUUAAUUGGACUCCUUAUUCAUAGCAUUAGCAAGGUUCCUAUUAAGUGGAAUCAGCGAGGUUCCUAAUUCAGAGUUCUAUUGCCAAUUCUUCACUAAUGGGUAACCCACGAGUAAAUGUAAAUUCAUGGAUGUGUCAGAAAGAGAAAAUUGCCGUCCCAAGAAGUCUCAGACUGGCACAGAUAUUCUGUAAAGUAACAUUUCAAUACUUCCAUAGUGAAAGCAGAUAUUUUCGGUAAGUGUUGAGCCCAUAAGCACGAUACAACACCUGUUAUAUAGACAGGUUUUGUAUCAUUCGUAAGACCUCGUGAAUUUAUGGUGACCUAUUGCAUUAUAUUCACUGGAGAAAUAAAUCUGUCAGUGGGAUGGGAGUAAAUCAGAUUAAGUCCAAGUGAAAAGAAACUCCAUUAUUUUGGAUCAAGAGCCCCUUACCAGGCCUUGAUCCACUGUCUCCAUGAGGGAACUGUGAAAAAUAGUCUUCAGAGUUAGAGUAGUAAUUAAUAUUGGAGAACAAGUGCCACUGAGGAAAAUACAUUACCUUAUAUCAGAGAGAAAACUAACAACGACCUCUUGGAAAGUUCCCUCAAGUUGUCAAUACAAAAUUUAUUAUUUAACUGAUGAUAAAACAGAUAAAGAACAGCAUCGUUGUGAAAUUCUUCUUUGAUUCAAGCAUAAAUGUCUGUGUGUCACGCGCUUCUUGCUAAACCCACGACAUACUGAGACACACUGUUCACAGUACGGGACAUACAGUGCCUUCUCAAAGGUCAGCAAUAAAAAGUGUUUCUUAUUUCAAAGAUACACGGAGGAUGAGGAACGCAGGAACUGGCUCGGUAAGCUUGGGUAUGACAUGACUUAAACAACUCAACGAGCAAGAAAGAAGUGUCAGUGAGAUCGGAAGUGUCUUCGGCGAGUUUGAGUUUGAAGUUGGGAACGUAAUUUUUUACAUUACAAAAUAUGAUUCAAGUUUCCAAUGAUUAUCAUGAACGAAUCUUUCUGGUACACUAGACGCAACUCUGGGUUCGCUAGUUAUCAAAAGAAAUUUAAAUAGGAAUAUGAGGCCUUAUCGAUUUUGAGAAACAAUGGGUAAUAAAUUUUUAGGACGUUCGAAAUCUUGAGUCGGGAUAACUAGAGGCUGUUGGAGGUAGAGUUAAUGACUAGUGGCUGCUGAAGACAGAGGUAAUGACUACUGGCUGCUGAAGACAGAGGUUAUGAUUAGUGUUUCCUGAAGACAGAGGUUAUGAUUAGUGUUUCCUGAAGACAGAGGUAAUGACUACUGGCUGCUGAAGACAGAGGUAAUGACUAGUGGCUGCUGAAGACAGAGGUAAUGACUAGUGGCUGCUGAAGACAGAGGUAAUGACUACUGGCUGCUGAAGACAGAGGUUAUGAUUAGUGUUUCCUGAAGACAGAGGUUAUGAUUAGUGUUUCCUGAAGACAGAGGUAAUGACUACUGGCUCCUGAAGACAGAGGUUAUGACUAGUGGCUGCUGAAGACAGAGGUAAUGACUACUGGCUCCUGAAGACAGAGGUUAUGAUUAGUGUUUCCUGAAGACAGAGGUAAUGACUACUGGCUGCUGAAGACAGAGGUUAUGAUUAGUGUUUCCUGAAGACAGAGGUAAUGACUACUGGCUCCUGAAGACAGAGGUUAUGACUAGUGGCUGCUGAAGACAGAGGUAAUGACUACUGGCUCCUGAAGACAGAGGUUAUGAUUAGUGUUUCCUGAAGACAGAGGUAAUGACUACUGGCUGCUGAAGACAGAGGUUAUGAUUAGUGUUUCCUGAAGACAGAGGUAAUGACUACUGGCUCCUGAAGACAGAGGUUAUGACUAGUGGCUGCUGAAGACAGAGGUAAUGACUACUGGCUGUUGAAGACAGAGGUAAUGACUGCUGGCUGCUGAAGACAGAGGUUAUGAUUAGUGUUUCCUGAAGACAGAGGUAAUGACUACUGGCUGCUGAAGACAGAGGUAAUGACUACUGGCUGCUGAAGACAGAGGUAAUGACUACUGGCUGCUGAAGACAGAGGUUAUGAUUAGUGUUUCCUGAAGACAGAGGUUAUGAUUAGUGUUUCCUGAAGACAGAGGUAAUGACUACUGGCUCCUGAAGACAGAGGUUAUGACUAGUGGCUGCUGAAGACAGAGGUAAUGACUACUGGCUCCUGAAGACAGAGGUUAUGAUUAGUGUUUCCUGAAGACAGAGGUAAUGACUACUGGCUGCUGAAGACAGAGGUUAUGAUUAGUGUUUCCUGAAGACAGAGGUAAUGACUACUGGCUCCUGAAGACAGAGGUUAUGACUAGUGGCUGCUGAAGACAGAGGUAAUGACUACUGGCUCCUGAAGACAGAGGUUAUGAUUAGUGUUUCCUGAAGACAGAGGUAAUGACUACUGGCUGCUGAAGACAGAGGUUAUGAUUAGUGUUUCCUGAAGACAGAGGUAAUGACUACUGGCUCCUGAAGACAGAGGUUAUGACUAGUGGCUGCUGAAGACAGAGGUAAUGACUACUGGCUGUUGAAGACAGAGGUAAUGACUGCUGGCUGCUGAAGACAGAGGUUAUGAUUAGUGUUUCCUGAAGACAGAGGUAAUGACUACUGGCUGCUGAAGACAGAGGUAAUGACUACUGGCUGCUGAAGACAGAGGUAAUGACUAGUGGCUGCUGAAGACAGAGGUUAUGACUAGUGUUUCCUGAAGACAGAGGUAAUGACUACUGGCUGCUGAAGACAGAGGUAAUGACUACUGGCUGUUGAAGACAGAGGUAAUGACUGUUGGCUGCUGAAGACAGAGGUUAUGAUUAGUGUUUCCUGAAGACAGAGGUAAUGACUACUGGCUGCUGAAGACAGAGGUAAUGACUACUGGCUGCUGAAGACAGAGGUAAUGACUAGUGGCUGCUGAAGACAGAGGUUAUGACUAGUGUUUCCUGAAGACAGAGGUAAUGACUACUGGCUGCUGAAGACAGAGGUAAUGACUGUUGGCUGCUGAAGACAGAGGUUAUGACUAGUGUUUCCUGAAGACAGAGGUAAUGAUUGCUGGCUGCUGAAGACAGAGGUUAUGACUAGUGUUUCCUGAAGACAGAGGUUAUGACUAAUGUUUCCUGAAGACAGAGGUAAUGACUACUGGCUGCUGAAGACAGAGGUUAUGACUACUGGCUGCUGAAGACAGAGGUUAUGACUAGUGUCUCCUGAAGACAGAGGUAAUGACUGCUGGCUGCUGAAGACAGAGGUUAUGACUAGUGUUUCCUAAAGACAGGUAAUGACUACUGGCUGCUGAAGACAGAGGUAAUGACUGCUGGCUGCUGAAGACAGAGGUAAUGACUGCUGGCUGCUGAAGACAGAGGUAAUGACUACUGGCUGCUGAAGACAGAGGUUAUGACUAGUGUUUCCUGAAGACAGAGGUAAUGACUACUUGCUGCUGAAGACAGAGGUUAUGACUACUGGCUGCUGAAGACAGAGGUUAUGACUAGUGUUUCUUGAAGACAGAGGUAAUGACUGCAGGCUGCUGAAGACAGAGGUUAUGACUACUGGGUGCUGAAGACAGAGGUAAUGACUGCUGGCUGCUGAAGACAGAGGUUAUGACUACUGGCUGCUGAAGACAGAGGUAAUGACUGCUGGCUGCUGAAGACAGAGGUUAUGACUACUGGCUGCUGAAGACAUAGGUAAUGACUACUGGCUGCUGAAGACAGAGGUUAUGAGUACUGGCUGCUGAAGACAGAGGUUAUGACUAGUGUUUCCUGAAGACAGAGGUAAUGACUGCUGGCUGCUGAAGACAGAGGUAAUGACUAGUGUCUCCUGAAGACCGAGGUAAUGACUAGUGGUUGCUGAAGACAGAGGUUAUGACUAGUGUUUCCUGAAGACAGAGGUAAUGACUACUGGCUGCUGAAGACAGAAGUAAUGACUGCUGGCUGCUGAAGACAGAGGUAAUGACUGCUGGCUUCUGAAGACAGAGGUAAUGACUACUGGCUGCUGAAGACAGAGGUAAUGACUACUGGCUGCUGAAGACAGAGGAUAUGACUAGUGUUUCCUGAAGACAGAGGUAAUGACUGCUGGCUGCUGAAGACAGAGGUUAUGACUAGUGUUUCCUGAAGACAGAGGUAAUGACUACUGGCUGCUGAAGAAAGAGGUAAUGACUGCUGGCUGCUGAAGACAGAGGUAAUGACUAGUGGCUGCUGAAGACAGAGGUAAUGACUAGUGGCUGCUGAAGAUAAAGGUCAUGACUAGUGUCUCCUGAAGACAGAGCAACAUUAGUUACCUGAGAAAGAAAUAUGAAUAAAGAAGGUAGACUUAAGCAUCCACUUAGCCAACGCAGGUACACCAAUCUCAGCUAAGUAGCAAAUCAACGCACACGUGGCCACAUUAUCAGCACAUAUUAAAGCACCUUGGCGCACGCAAUUAUUCAACUCGAUGCAAACAUGUUUAGCAAACACCGACGGUAUUACAGUAUGCUUCUCUACUGAAGAAUUAAGAGGCACGUAACUUUCCCUCUGUCUUCUAAUAACGAACUUAUUUCUCCACUAUAAUCUGUCUUGUCUAUAAUUACUAUUGCAUUUGCUUUGUUAUAUACAGUGAAAUCCAGGAUCUUUCCUUAAUUCAUGGUAUAACUCAACAAAUCUUUGAUGACAUCUCUGUUGAAGGUGAUGUGAGAGGUGAGGUGUGAGUGGAGAGGUUUGACCAGAGCUCACAUGUCUGUUGGAGGUGAUGUGAGAGGUGAGGUGUGAGUGGAGAGGUUUGACCAAAGCUCACAUCUCUGUAGGAGGUGAUGUGAGAGGUGAGGUGUGAGUGGAGAGGUUUGACCAGAGCUCACAUCUCUCCAACACAACUGCCCUCAAAGAUUUCUUGUUAUACCAUGAAUUAACGACAGAUCCUAGAUUUCACCUUACGAUACAAAACAAAUACGGUACUAAUUAUGGGCAAGGUAGAUUAUAGCGGUAAAAUUAAGAUGAUGUUGAAACAGAGAAGAACUUACGUGUUUCUUAACAUUUCUGGGACUCCAACUCAUUUGAAGAGAAAACAAUAAAUUUUGUGAGAGGAAUAAUAUAUAUAUAUAUAUAUAUAUGGAAAUUAUUCGCUACGAGGAUGAGCACCAUCGCCGGAAGGCCAUAAUCAGAAUAUUUACAUAAAAGCGCUAAACCAGUAAGGGUUGUACAUCAUCUGGGGAAUGGCAGGUAACCAGGUUUGAUCCGAGGAAUGGAAGGGUAGGUCCAUUUUUUUUUUAUCGUGAUUCAAGUUAUUCAUGUAUAAGGUGCCAAGCCAGUGUUGGCCACAGUAUGAGGAAUGAUGGAGGCUCGAGACUCCGUCUACUAACCACAGGAGAGACAUGCCCCUCACCAGCAUCAAAGCACCUUGGAUCAAGAGCCUCUCACCCCCCCCCCCCUUUCCUUAAAGAGUCGAAAUUUUAAAACUGAACAUAUAAACCUCACAAAAACGUUUCCUUGAUUGACGUUUGAUCCAAGGAAUCGAACUUAUCCUCUCUGUCCCUAUGUACCGUACGACCCUACCGGUUUAGCGCUUCCUCGUGAAUAUAAUAACAAUCAACACAGAAUCAGAAUGUAACUCUUUCAAUGAAUUUCAAUAUUUUAUCAAUCAGCUCUAAACCCUCACGGGCAAUGCGGAUCAAUGCUUGUAUAUUGAAUGUUAAUCUUUGUCAUUAC